AUGACCGACUCCGAUGUCCAGUCGCUCGCUCGUGACAUCGGGGCGCGGAUCACAGAGGAACUGCCCAACAUUCUCCGCCAACUGCUGACUGAGCAGAACCUCAGCAGCGGUCCACUGCAGUUCGAGUGCAGUCUGCUGAGCGGCCAGCAGGACCAACAGCAUACGGUGCGUCUCGCGGCAGUCGAUAUCACGGACAUUACCGACGUUGGUACGCCGUCUACCACGGCGGCGACGACGACGACGACGUUGAGCAGAAGUGGAAGUAGAGAUGCUAGGCCAAGAGAUGCCGCUACUCUGAACGAGGGCGCCGACAGAGCAUCGAAGCGUCGUGCGACUUGUGAUCUACGCAUCGGGCAAGGCGAAGGCGAGUCUGGACCACAAAUUCCAGACAGCAGUAGUCCUUCGAGUGCGGUCAUCAGACGACUGGAAAGCGAUGUCAGAAUUUUCCCGCAACGUAAGAAACGACUACUCCCAGAGAAUCCCAAUCUGCAACCUUCGAGUCUGGACAAACUCAUCCACGGUAUCUGGGACUCUAUCUAUGCUGCCACUCCGCUGGAUCCAGCAGAGGUGAUUCGGCAAUGGCACGCCAUCGAGCCUGGACAGAGUGGUGCACUGCUCGAUGUCGGAGUGAAUGCCGUGUCCGGCCGAGACGACACAGUGCGGACGGUGUUUGGCAAGAUGAACCUUCUGACCCGUAUGGUCAGUCAGGUAAGCAGGACAUAUCGUUCUCUCGAGGUUCUUGUCCAAGCCCAAUGGACACAGUCUUUCGAUGAACGCGUGGCCCACCUCAGCAGCUCCAUGACCAGUGAGAAAGCCAAGAAGGCAUGUUUGAAAGAAGCAUGCGUCGAUUUUGGGUGGACGGAGAAGGAACUGCGCAACAAAAUGGCCAUCUGGCGUGGCUACCACGACAUCAAGAGCUGCGGUGGCUGGGCUGCCCUGAUCUUCUCCGGCAUGGGACUCUAUCGCUUCUGUAAAUAUCGAGUCUCUUUCACUGAAGAGACCUACCAGACCUUGCGAUCCUUACGCCAUCGAUUCGAAGUUGCAGCAGACUGCCUGCAUCCGCGCUGGCGACAAUUGCUGGCUAUCGUGGGUGAACCCCUCGAACGCAAGUAUGAAGGCCACCCUCACGACUGGGUAGUCUGCGGGCCUGGCGACGAAGCCAUUCCACUUCCCGUCACAUAUCAGAAAUGGGAUAAAAGCUUUACUUAUACUCAUCUUGACGAGUCACUAAUCGACGAAGACGCGUGGGGCAUGUACGAUCCUCGCACCGUCACGCCUUUGACAGAUCCUGCAGCCUACGAAUGUCAGAGCUGUGGCGAAAAGCAGUCGGACGAUUCUCGCCAGAAUAACUGCAUGUGCUUCCCGAAUUACUACGGCACGAAAGCUCGAUCAAUACCAGUUCAGGUGUAUCGAACUCCCAACGGCAAGAAUAAUGGACUGCUCGCAUGCUGUGCUUUUGAGCAAGGUGCUGCCAUUGGCGAAUUCAUUGGCGAGAUUACCUCGGGAGUGGAAAACAAGGAUGUCAUGAUAGGCCAAACCGACCGCGCAGUCUACCAAAUCUGGCAAGGGAAAUCCGGCAACUACACACGAUUUGUAAACCAUUCCUGCGCACCCAACAGCCAAUUCGAACGCUUCGUAUGGCUCGGCAAGCAAAGAAUCGUCCUCGUCAGCAAAGGCGUCGAAGCAGGUGAAGAAAUUACCGUCGAUUAUUCGGAUACUUAUUGGAAGAACCUCAACAAGAAGUGUUUAUGCGAAAGUUCCAAAUGUCGAUAUCGGAGGCAACCUGAACUCUUGACGGUUUCUGGUGUCACGUAGGGAAGAAUGGGAUUUACCACAGAGCAGAGAGGGGGCGGAGAGGGCGCAUGAUGUGUAAGAUAUAUCUCUUAUAGAGUCUCGAAGGUUCCAAAGCUCGAGAUGUCGUGGCAUUUUAACCUCCAUUGUCUAUCUAUCCUAUGUCAUCCUGUUCUGGGAAUUUGAGGCCAGCGGUUGUAUGACUCUUGUCUACCACAUGCGCUCUCUCUCUCUCUAUAUAUAUAUCUCUUUGUAGCGAUCUUCGAAGAAAUGGCAAGGGCAACAAAACUUACAAAC